AUGCAGAAUCAAUUCCAAUUUCCAAGGUUACCAAAGAACCGUCUGGAAGAAGAUAGGUGGAUCGGUUCAAACAUAUCAGUAGAAAUUUAUAGAAAAUUCUCUGAAUCCGAGUCAUCUUAUAAAUUUGAGUAUCAAAAUGGUAAUGUAUUUAUAGUCGAUUUGUGCUCAAGCCCACGCGGACAAGCUGUUGCAGCCCUGCAAUAUUUCUUUGGUCUUCCCAAUAAAGACCAUCCGUCUCCAAAUGGAGGGAGCGAAAUCUCAAGAAGUAAAUGGGAGUUUGGAACUAAGCAAGAAGGUAGCGAUAACCCCACUGGGUGUGUUGGUCCAAAUCUUCCCGCAUUUCUUAUCAACAUCCCAAUAUCCGAUGUAUUUUAUGACCCACCAAUACGAGCAAUUGAAUAUGUUCCAUUGGCUCCGCCUAUCAAUGAUGGCUUGUCUAAAUAG